UACUUCCUGUUUUCACGCCUGCUGGGUAGGAAGCACCUGCUGCACACGCCCAGCGGUGGAGGGACUCCGUGGUGCGUGGAAAAAAAAUCCCCCUGCCCUACAGAUGACUCCUGAAGGGACGCUGAAACACUACGACAUAAAGUCUAUCACACACAGACGGGUGUUCUGUGUGUGUGUGUGUGACUUCAGAAGUAAAGAAAGCCGCAGUAAAUACCCAAACCCAUGGGCCUGAAGCAGUCCCGGCCCAAAUUGUUCCCGGGGGACAUCGUGGAGUAUCCCAGGAACAAGUACUUCUCUCACUUCGCUGUGUACUACGGAGAGAGGGAUGGGGUUCCGUACGUCGCUCACCUGACCUGUCGAGAUUCAGACUCCAUGAUGCCACUGUUUGGCCGGGCUCUGAGGUCAGCGAUCAAACUGGAUCCACUGGAGCUGCUGGGGAAGAAUUACAAGGUCAACAACAUGAUGGACGGCUGUUUCUCCGUGAGGGAUUUCCACGACGUGGUGAAGCCGGCCAUCGAUGACCUGAUGGGGCGCGAGGUGACCUUCGACAUCCUGUUCCACAACAGCGAGCACCAGGCCACGCUCCUCAGGUACGGAGUCAAGAAAUCGCAGCAGAUAGAGAGGAUUUAUGAGCACAUCAUGCCAUCCUGGAAGAAGCUGUUGGAGCAGAAGAAACUGUGAACCGUUUUCUGUUCAGUUCUCUCCUCCAACACCGGGGGGCGACACCACCUUAAGAGAUCAAUUGAUGUUGUUAAUAAUUGGAUUACAUUUAUACAGCCAUCAAAAAGGAAAUGAAUACAAGAGAAUACUUGUGAUGGUAAAAUGUAUUUAUUGGGGAAUUUUAAGCAUUGAAUGAAUGUAUAUGUUCACAUGAUACGCCUAAAUACUUCUAAAAUGAGUAUUGAAAAUCAUAUCCAUCCCUGUUAUUUUAGGAUUGUAUUCUAAAUGUAUUUCUUUAAUUUAUGCUGUUCUUCUUCGUCUUUUCUUUGCUUAAAAAGAAGUGCAUUUCUCUCAUUGACUAUUUUCCCAGCCCGAUCAAACACAUUUCAUGAACAAUAAAGGUUAUCCAUGCAUACCUGUUUUGUCAGUGAUCGUUGUGGUUUAAAUAAAGGUGCAAAUAUCCAUCAUAACUCCCAAA